UCAGGCUAUCUCGGUCUUUAUGCUAUUUAUAUAAUCACUGUCAUUGUUGGUUAUCGCCUCCAUAAACGUAAAAGAAAACAUCAGCGUGAGAACAGCCUCAAGAAAACCUUCAACAACGUCGUAUCACGACGUGGAAGUGUUCAUCCCGUUGCUCCAGAUAUCACAAUCAUAUCAGCUGCCAUAGAGAGAAUAAAAGCUGAGGACACAUUCAAGGAAGACACGUUCGACACGAGUAAUUUUGAGGAGUCAGCAAAACGAAAAUCAGUCACAAUCAAUGGAGAUACCCUCGCCAUCUUUCCGAUAUCUGCUGUCGCGCUGGCCUCGACCAUUGUUGAGGAGGGCGGA